UGGGGUCUGGACCCGUGGACCGAGCAUCGAUAUAAGCAAGAAAACAAGUAGCCAUGCUGCUCAAGCUAUUUCGUAAUUCCGCAAAUAAUAUACCGUUUUAUAUAGGCGGCAUUUCACUUCGAUGGAACAUGAGCAAGAGAUCGUUCUCGACGGAUCGAAGUACGAUGCCAGAGGAACAAAAGGUCAACGUCGAUGGAGUGAACAUCAAUUGUCUGCGAGUUGGAACCGGUGAACAUCCGGUGCUACUCUUACCGGGAGCAGCAGGUUCGAUAUGGACGGAUUUCAAACCACAGAUAGAAGGUCUGUCGAGAGAAAAAUUUACCGUGGUCGCUUGGGACCCGCCGGGCUAUGGAAAGUCGAGGCCGCCCGAUAGGACGUUUCCCGAUGACUUUUUCCAGCGCGACGCGGACUGGGCUUGCAAUCUGAUGAAGACUCUCGGCCACAGCAAAUUUUCAUUGAUAGGAUGGAGCGACGGCGCUAUCACUUCUCUCAUGAUAGCUGCGAUGUUUCCCGGCAACAUUCGAAAGAUGAUAGCCGUCGCCGGGAACGCCUAUAUAACGCCUGAGGAAGUCGAUAUCUACAAAAAAUUUCGGGACAUCGAUUCCUGGUCCGAGAAAAUGCGUGCGCCGAUGAUCGCCAUCUACGGGGAGGAGUAUUUUCGCAAGAUAUGGACCGGCUGGGUAGAUUCUGUCCUAAGGAUCUACGAGAAGCAGAACGGCAACUUGUGCAAAGAGAUGGUGCCGAAGAUCAAAUGUCCCACUUUGAUCGUCCAAGGAGCCAAAGAUGCCAUGGUACUCCCUGAACAUCCGACUUACUUGAAGGACAGUAUAGUUGGAGCAAAAUUGAAGAUCUUCGAGAAGGGGGCACACAACUUGCACCUACGGUAUCCGGAAGAAUUCAACGAUCUCGCUACCAAGUUCCUCAUCGAAUCAAGAAAACAAGUAGCCAUGCUGCUCAAGCUAUUUCGUAAUUCCGCAAAUAAUAUACCGUUUUAUAUAGGCGGCAUUUCACUUCGAUGGAACAUGAGCAAGAGAUCGUUCUCGACGGAUCGAAGUACGAUGCCAGAGGAACAAAAGGUCAACGUCGAUGGAGUGAACAUCAAUUGUCUGCGAGUUGGAACCGGUGAACAUCCGGUGCUACUCUUACCGGGAGCAGCAGGUUCGAUAUGGACGGAUUUCAAACCACAGAUAGAAGGUCUGUCGAGAGAAAAAUUUACCGUGGUCGCUUGGGACCCGCCGGGCUAUGGAAAGUCGAGGCCGCCCGAUAGGACGUUUCCCGAUGACUUUUUCCAGCGCGACGCGGACUGGGCUUGCAAUCUGAUGAAGACUCUCGGCCACAGCAAAUUUUCAUUGAUAGGAUGGAGCGACGGCGCUAUCACUUCUCUCAUGAUAGCUGCGAUGUUUCCCGGCAACAUUCGAAAGAUGAUAGCCGUCGUCGGGAACGCCUAUAUAACGCCUGAGGAAGUCGAUAUCUACAAAAAAUUUCGGGACAUCGAUUCCUGGUCCGAGAAAAUGCGUGCGCCGAUGAUCGCCAUCUACGGGGAGGAGUAUUUUCGCAAGAUAUGGACCGGCUGGGUAGAUUCUGUCCUAAGGAUCUACGAGAAGCAGAACGGCAACUUGUGCAAAGAGAUGGUGCCGAAGAUCAAAUGUCCCACUUUGAUCGUCCAAGGAGCCAAAGAUGCCAUGGUACUCCCUGAACAUCCGACUUACUUGAAGGACAGUAUAGUUGGAGCAAAAUUGAAGAUCUUCGAGAAGGGGGCACACAACUUGCACCUACGGUAUCCGGAAGAAUUCAACGAUCUCGCUACCAAGUUCCUCAUCGAAUAAUCCAUGUAUACUUAAUCCAUUGUCUCUACCGUUUUGUUAAAUUUUUAUACACCCACGUGAAACGUAAUGUAAAAUAAAAGUGUCUCGAUACACGAUGAACGAA